UGAGUCCCGCUCGCUGCGCCGCCCGCCCUCCUCGCUGCUCGUUGUCGCGCACGCUCGCCCGGUCCGUGCACCCUGCUGGUCCCGCCAUGGCCGCGCUCACCCGGAACCCGCAGUUCCAGAAGCUGCAGCAGUGGCACCGCGAGCACGGCGCUGAGCUCAACCUGCGCCGCCUGUUCGAAGCCGACAAAGAACGCUUCAACCACUUCAGCUUGACUCUCAACACCAACCAUGGGCAUAUACUGUUGGAUUACUCCAAGAACCUUGUGACGGAGGAGGUCAUGAAGAUGCUGGUGGAACUGGCCAAGUCCAGGGGUGUGGAGGCUGCCCGGGAGCACAUGUUCAAUGGUGAGAAGAUCAACUACACCGAGGAUCGGGCAGUACUGCACGUGGCCCUGCGAAACCGGUCAAAUACACCUAUGCUGGUGGAUGGCAAGGAUGUGAUGCCAGAGAUCAACAAGGUUCUGGACAAGAUGAAGUCUUUCUGCCAGCGAGUCCGGAGUGGCGACUGGAAGGGAUACACAGGCAAAGCCAUCACAGACGUCAUCAACAUUGGCAUUGGAGGCUCUGACCUGGGACCCCUCAUGGUGACAGAAGCCCUUAAGCCAUACUCUUCAGGAGGUCCCCAGGUGUGGUUUGUCUCCAACAUUGAUGGGACCCACAUUGCCAAAACCCUGGCCAAGCUGAACCCUGAGACUUCUCUGUUUAUCAUCGCCUCCAAGACCUUUACCACCCAGGAGACCAUCACCAAUGCAGAAACGGCCAAGGAGUGGUUCCUCAUGUCUGCCAAGGAUGCUUCUGCAGUGGCAAAGCACUUUGUUGCCCUCUCUACCAACACGGCCAAAGUGAAGGAGUUUGGAAUUGACCCUCAAAACAUGUUCGAGUUCUGGGAUUGGGUAGGUGGCCGCUACUCGCUGUGGUCAGCCAUCGGACUCUCCAUCGCACUGCAUGUGGGUUUUGACAACUUUGAGCAGCUGCUCUCAGGAGCUCACUGGAUGGACCAGCAUUUCCGGACGGCGCCUCUGGAAAAGAACGCCCCUGUCCUCCUGGCACUGCUGGGCAUCUGGUACAUCAACUGCUUUGGCUGUGAGACGCAGGCCUUGCUGCCCUAUGACCAGUACCUGCACCGUUUUCCUGCCUACUUCCAGCAGGGUGACAUGGAGUCCAACGGGAAGUACAUUACCAAGCCGGGCGUCCGUGUGGACCACCAGACGGGCCCUAUCGUGUGGGGGGAGCCAGGGACCAAUGGCCAACACGCAUUCUACCAGCUCAUCCACCAAGGCACCAAGAUGAUACCCUGUGACUUCCUCAUCCCGGUUCAGACCCAGCACCCAAUACGGAAGGGUCUGCAUCACAAGAUCCUGCUGGCCAACUUCUUAGCCCAGACAGAGGCCCUGAUGAAGGGAAAAUCAUCCGAGGAGGCCCGGAAGGAGCUCCAGGCUGCUGGCAAGAGUCCAGGGGAUCUUGAGAAGCUGUUGCCACACAAGGUCUUUGAAGGAAAUCGCCCAACCAACUCUAUCGUGUUCACAAAGCUGACACCAUUCAUGCUGGGAGCCUUGAUUGUGCUGUACGAGCACAAGAUCUUCGUGCAGGGUGUCAUCUGGGACAUCAACAGCUUUGACCAGUGGGGAGUGGAGCUGGGAAAGCAGCUUGCUAAGAAAAUUGAGCCUGAGCUUGAUGGCAGUGCUGCUGUGACCUCUCAUGAUUCUUCCACCAACGGGUUGAUUAACUUCAUCAAACAGCAGCGGGAGGCCAAAACUGAAUAAAUGAAGCUGCAACCCCAGCUGUGACUUGUCCCUCCUUGCUGUAGUCUGCACCGCAUGGUCCUGCUCCUCCCUGCCCAGAGCACCCUCUGGUUUCAGGCUUGGACCACAAGCCCUUUGGGGAAAAUUGGUCUGGAAUUAACCACCCCAGCCUCUCCAGCCCAUUCUUCCUAUUUUCCAGUCAGCUGAAGUGCUUCAGUGCAGCUGUAUUUUCUGACCUGUGUUCACAUGGUUCACAUCUCAAAUAGAAAAAUAAAAGAUGACACCAACAAG